AUGUUUGAGGUGCAGUGCCUCAAACAAAAUAAACAAUAUCAUAUUUUGUUUGUUGGAAAUUUGAAUGAAACAAUAGCUGAUGAACAAAUAUUGAAAAAUUAUUUUUUAAAAUAUGGUCAGAUAAUCAAAUGUGAACUAUUUAAAAAGAGUUAUAAACGAAAAAAUGAGGAUUUUAACGAAACAAAUAUUCGAGAUUAUUUUGGAACAUACGGUCGAAUUAUCGAUUGUAAAAUAAUACAAAAGAGAUGUGAACGUAGUUGUGUUCUAGAAUUUAUGGAUUUUGAUCAAGUUGACUGCUGCAUAUUGGAUGUUCCACAUUAUUUAAAUGAUAAAGAACUAUUGAUUUCAAAAUAUGUAACAUCCGAUCGUAUUAAACAAUCAGGUUUAUUUAAAAGUGAUCAUAUUAUCUAUGAAACAUCCAGAAAUGGAAAUAAACAUCAUGUUCAAUGUUCACGUCGACAUUUAAAAUUACAUAUACAACAAUUAUAUCAGCUAGUUUCAUCAUUAGAAAUUUCAAAUGAAACAAAUUUAUUUGCAUUAUCUUUUAGUUAUAAAGAUAAAAUUAAACGUGAUUACAAUGAAUUAAUGUCAAAAACAAAAGAUUAUAUUCGAUUACAACGACUAAAUAUUGAUUUGAAGAAAGAUCACCAUAAACUAGAAGAAAAAAAUAAAAAUUUACGAAAAAUAACUGAGAAAUGUAGCCAUGAACGGUAUCAAAUGAUAGAAGAGUAUGAACAAGAAUUAAAUAAGCAGAUGAACAUGUAUAAUCAAUUAGAAAUAAAAUUAAAUUUAUUACAUUUUCAAAAGCAGUCGAUCAUGAAAGGACAUAGUUCAUCAAAUAUUUUGUCAUGUAAUUGA